AACGACCUUGACCUCUAACAAAAUGUGCCAGAGAAUUUUUACAUUUUUGAUUUUACUUUGUAAGCAGGAGUUAUGAUACAAUUUUGAUACACCUUUGGAAAGCAGCUCUACAAAAGACAAUAUGACCGUGCAGUGUAACUUACAAAGCCUAGAAAAUUUGCUGAGAGAAUCUGCCAGUGUGAAACAAGUUCAAGAUUUCAUUCAACAGAUAAUUGUUCCAUCUGCUAAACAAAAUGCCGAACAAAACAUUGUUAAUGAUGAACUGUUCCUUCAAACCUUCAACAUAUUUAUUAACUAUGAAGGUGAUGUAAAGAUCAGAAAGCAACUUGAAAAGCUGCUUUUGUCUUUUGAGACGAUAUACAAGACCAGUGUCUAUAGUAGUUACAGUGAAAUAUGGCAUAAUGUCUCCAUUGGAAAGCUGACUACUCCCCAACUUGGCAAAUUAAUGAUCCACUUAGAUCAGAGCCCAGCGUGUAGAGAAGGCCUAAGGCACAAUCUACACCUAGCCAUGGCAUACCUUGCUAGUAGACUUCAGGGCUUUCUCCAGUAUACACCACAAGAAAGAAUAAACUUUGAGUCACAUGUCCUUAUUAAGACAAUGCUGCAAAUCUGCCGGCUUUUCUCUACUGAAUUCUUACCAACCUUAGAUGGAGGAACAGGGGUCAGUUCCACAAAAGAUGAACCAGGGGUCAGUUCCACAAAAGUUGAACCAGGGGUCAGUUACACAAAAGAUGAACCAGGGGUCAGUUCCACAAAAGAUGAACCAGGGGUCAGUUCCACAAAAGUUGAACCAGGAGACAGUUCAUCAAAUACAGCGACAGGGACAAUUACCGAACAGUUUCUAAGCUGUCUCCUCCAGGUGUUAGAUAAUUCCCUGGUAUUAUAUGAUGAUAAAAUCUUAGCAGCAACUGGGCUUGUGUACUACAUGAAUAGCUUAGACGAUGCGACUUUGGCUACUAAUGUGUUAGCAACGUUGAUAGAAAAAUUAGGAAGUUGGAUCUCUUGUGACAUCAGGUGUCUGUUGAACCCAUCUCAUGGAGGCCCUUUAAUCAACUCUUUUGAAAAUAGCCCAAAGGAAUCAAGCAAUAAGAAUUUCCAAACAAACAAUCGUGUAGCUAUUUCCACAGGACAAUUAGCUCUAAUAGGUGGCAUCCUAGCAUCAGGCUUUGAAGGAAUCCUAACUGAAAAUUCAAAACCCGUUGGCAUAGUAACAGUAGGGACUCAUCAUAUUGCUUAUAAAGCAGGGACUGCUCAAUCUGCUGGAAGUCAAAAUGGAACAAUUUUUUUCAAGUUUUUAUUCAAGAAGUUGUACAGCUCAGCGAAUGGAGAACAUCAGUAUGUCACAUUCCAACUUCUUGCUCAAUGGACAAGAAGGGCGACAAAACUUGCACAAAAUUAUGACCACAUAAGGAUUUUAUUCUCCAACAACUCUGAAAUCUUACCUCAAAUAUUUGAUCUGGUUUUAUCAAAUUUGGAUAACCCAACAGAUGGAGUUGAGACGAUUAUCGAUAGUAUAUUUGCACAAUCUGUUGAGUCACAUGUUAAAACAGUGCUACAUGAUAAAAGAGUGCCUCAUAUUGAGACAAACCACAAACUUAGUGAGGAAUUAGGAAAAAAUAAACCAAUAUUGACUACUGCAGUUGAAAUGCCUCAUGAUGUAAUAUUAACUGAAUCAGAUGACAUUAAAUGCCAAAAUGGAAACAUUGAUUUCAAAAUGGAAGGCACAAAAGAUGAUCUAACCUCAGAGAACAGUGAAGUUCAUCCAACAGCAUUUUCUUCUAUGAACUCCCAAAAUAAGCCAUUACUAGAGACAACAAUUAGCAGGAUUUUAGCUCUUCCAGUAUAUUCCAGAGGAAGGUAUAGGCUUCUAGCUGUUAUAGUGAAACACACAGAUCUAAAAAAGGUUCUCCCAAGUACAGAGAUAAAGGUCCUCCUGGACCAAAUGGUCCUGUGCAUGUCGGAUGACUACAUGGUCCCUAAAGUCACUGAGCUGUUCAAGGCACUCCUCAAUACCAUGGCUAAAAGGAAUCAGUAUGUAGAGUGGCACACAUUGUGGUUUUCGAGACUAACUAAGGCUCUAUGUUCAACUGACCAAAGUAAGCAGUUUAGUGUGAUUACACACUGGAUUCCCCAGGCCAUGAAGGUGUUUCCUAGGGUACUAGCUGAUCUCCUAGGCAACCUAGAGGACUCGUUGCUAGGAGAUACAAUGUCCAGAGAUGUUGUCCUGUUGGGGCUUUUGACGUUGCUAGCAGAAUCAACCAGUAAAGGGAUCACUGUGGAGUACACCAGGGAGGUGUUGCUUGAAGGCUUGUAUUCCAAGUCAGAUGACAUCAGAGCCAAGGCGUUCAGCUUGCUGUGUGUUACACAUAAGACAACAGAGGCCUUUACAAGUGAAGACCUGGACCUACUGAGACAUUGUAUUCCCCUUAACAUGUCCUCAGAUUCACCUUCCUUCAGAAAUACCUUUCUGUUCUGCCUCAAACAUGCACUUGUUAGAAUAAGGGACAGUAGUCUAAGGGGCCUUGGAGACCCCUCAGCACAAUCACAAAUCUCCAAUAUGGAGUUCAUCCACUGGUAUAUCAGAACAAUGGCAGAGAAUCUAUACCCAGGGUUUAGUUAUCAGAGAUUAAAGAUGGCGCUGGAAGGACUACAGUUAUUCUAUGAUAAUUUCAUCCAAACAUUGGGAAAUAAUCAACGGAAAGGGCUUGUCCCUGAUGGCACAAAAACGCUUAUUGAGAUGGCCAAUAGAGAUAAUGCAGACUUUUGGGGCAUGUUUUCUGAGAGAACAACCAAUGCAUUGUGGAAUUGUCUCCAGAAUGGUACAAAUGAAAUCCGAGAAAUAUCUUGUCAAAUUUUCCUCAAAUAUUUCCAUUGGCCGAUCAGAUUGCUUGGAAGCUCUGAAAAAGAAACUGCAAGAUAUAUUCUAACUAGGGGCCUAAGCCUUUGCCAGAGUGUAAAACCAGCUGAGUGUGAAAGUGGUGCAAUCUUAUGUAAGCUAGUCUUCAUGAAAUAUUCCCUCAGUCUCAAAUGGAGUAUAGACUUUGGACUAAUAGGGACAAAUUACAACGUGGCAGUGAAUGUCAAGAAUUUGAAGGAUUCCAGUUCAUGUGCAGUCAAUUUUUUGAGUGAAUUGCAAAACUUUCUCAGAGCUUCCAUCAAACUUUCAGAGAAGAACCCAUAUGAGGCUGCAAUCCGGUCACCCUCGCAUGGCUUAUUGUCAGCAUUGACACAAUGUUUAGGAUCACUGCCAAAAGAUGUCACUCCAUACUUGGCUAUCUGCCAGGAUCUCGCAGCAGACGUCUCAUCACUCAUUGACCUCAUGAUGAUGAUUAUGGCGGGAAAAUGUACUAGAAAAUCAGUAGCGCCAUCUUUUGAGGAAAUGUGUCUCUCAAUCAAGGAAAUGAUUGAAACAAAUGAUAAUACUUCAGAAGAUAAUAUCAUAUUAGACCCCAAGUAUCAAACUUGUGUUUCGUGGUGUUGGCAGAAUCUAAAAGAGGGCGCUCUCUUGUUGGGGAAGAUAUCUGGCAUUCUGGUUGGAUAUUGUGGAAACAACGAUGGUGUUUCUGCUACUGUGAUGAAUAUUGGAGAGGUGCUCUUACAGAUUUUGACCCAGUGCCGCCACUGGGGGGCAAUAAUGGCUGCCAACAGUGCCUUUAUAGUUCAUUCAACAGAACUCAUCAAAUCUCACAAACAACUAAAUACCAUACCAGGAAAAAUUCUACAAAACACUAUCGCGUCGCUUGAAUCAAACAGCGCUUUAUCCUCAAUAACGCGCAGAUCUGCAGGAUUUCCACUGCUUGUCACAAGCAUUCUCCUGGCAGAACUCCAGUGUAAAAGAUCUGAGCUUUUUAAACUGACUAUCAACGCUCUCAUGGGGCUCAUCAAACAGACAAUAGAUGGCGAUGUUGACGAAUUACAUGACGUGCCUGUUGUACAUGGAUUAAACGUGAUGAAAGCGAUUGUGCAGGAUAGCCGAUUGGUGGGGAUAGCACAGGGUCACCUGGGGGACGUUGCUGUGGAAUGUAUUUCCAAGUUUGCCUCUCCCUAUUGGGCAAUAAGGAAUGCUGCGAUGCAGUUGUAUGGUGGAAUAGAGCCAAGGUUACUUGGACAAAACAAGAGUAAACUUGUUGAUCGCGGUAAUAUCAACAUUACUGAGUUCUUAAAUCACUUCCCGAGCCUGUCUCAUCACAUCAAGAAAUAUCUCAUAGAAUCAGGGAGGAAUUUACGCCGAUUGCAUCCUAGUUUGUUUCCUGUCAUUAGCCUUGUGUCUAACCUAGGUCCAUGUGGUACAACAUCAAAUAGUGAUAUUGAUUCAUUGGUUGAACCUGUGACAUCUUUGGCCUACCAUUCUAUCUACAAUGUACGUGUCAUGGCUGCCAAAGCACUUCCUGUUGUUGUACCAGAUCCCCGGCAGCCAAUCAAAUUAGAGCAAAUAAUUAAGUCCUUACCUACUGAAAGGUCUGAAUGCAACAGUUUUAACACUAUACAUGGAAAGUUGCUCCAAAUACAGUACUUAUUGAAGGAAAUAACUCGAAGAAAUAUUGACUCUGUAGUUGGUAGAACAUGUGGUGAGAUGCUCAUUCGUUUCAUCUGGUUGGCAGGCCCCACCAACCCUUGUUCAGUUGUCAGAGCCCUCUUUUGGCAGAUUCUACAAACAUGCAAGCUACAAUUGAAUCUGAAAGAAUUAAAUGAAAUGAUGCAAUGCAGUGGCACGGAGAUUGGAAGCGAGACAAUGAUGGUUGCUUCUUCGCAAUUAAUGAUAGAUCAAUUUGUAUAUGGGCCUAAAGCUACAGAAAUGGUCAAAGAGUCCCUGUUAUCAAGUUGUCAGUCUACUAGACUGGUCAUGCUCACAACUCUCACACAUCUUAUGAAGCAAACCACUGAAAUAGACUGGCCCUCAAUACAGCUGACAGUAUUGAACAUGCUACUCUGGGAGAUGAACUUGAAGUGUCGAAAAGCCUUGCUUGACUCUGUUACCGCAAUUCACCUGAAAAUGGGGGCUAUGGUGGCAAUACCCACACCUUAUGUGUAUCUAGACAACCUAGAAGAAUGGGAGAGGAGUCGUCCUGAGGCCCCCCUAGCUGAUAUUAUUUACCCAGUGUAUGCUGUCAUUGCUGUUUCUAUGAUUCAGCAUCAGCAGAUAACGAGUGAUGCCUUAAAAAUGAUUUCCAUGAAAUUAUACAAUGCAAGCAAACCUGACCAAUCAGAGUUAAAGCGUUUCAAUGCUGCCCUUGCACUUAGAAUAUGUGGACCCCAAAUACUAAAAGCAGCAGAAAAGAUGGUUGAUUGUGAUGAAAUAAAAAGCACAGCAAGAUUACUAUUAGCUGGAAUACACCUGUUGGAAGAUGAGAUAUCUGAAGUUAAACAUGAGGCUACAUAUUUUGCACACUCACUGGCGCUAACAGAAGGAUACGAGUUUGCCUCCCUCCAGCCUUCCCAUGGAUUAAUCAUUCUAUGUAGGAGAAUGCUGACUUCAAACUCUUCUUGGAGAGAGAGUUUAAUAGAUGACUACAUAGAUAAUCUGCCCAUCAAAUCUUUAAGACAACAUAUACAAGCCACAAAACAAAGGAAAAUAAGCCUUUAUGAAAGCGACAAAGUUAACAUGUUUGCUGAACCAGUCAAAACAACCUCACUGCUGCUUGAUAUCACAAACCAACAGUCUGAUGGCCUGGGAAAAUAUGAUAUCAUGGGCAAACAACAGGAUAUCAUGGGAAAACAGUUUGGUAUCAUGGGCCAACAAGGUGGUAGCAUGGGCAAACAACAUACAGAAUUUGACUUGAGCUGUGACAUGGAAUGGGCUAAUGCUAGAUUAAAGACUCUAUGUGACUACCUCAACGAAAUACAGGCAUCCAUAAUGGAUAAGGAUACUGAAGUAUUUACAAAUAUCAACAUCCCUUUGGUAUAUGAGGCAUUGAUGUGCAUUCUGAGCUUGACUGCAAUCAUUCUACAUACAACGAGAGACCAUGAUCUAAAACUACAAAUCUCAGCCACUAUUAACAGAUUUUCUGAGGUGCAGCAGAAGUAUGUACCUGAAGAAAUGAUAGCAUUGUUGGAGGAAGUCAAAUGUUUGAUAUCCAGUCAAACAUAA